AAACCGUUCGUGGAAGAAGAAAGAAACAACCAAACUCCUAAACAACAACAACAACAACAUUAAAACCAAACCAAAAUCCUUACAAAAAUCUAAACCUUCCCUCUUCGUCUUCUUCAACGUGUUUCAUUCUCCUUUUAUAAAACCACAAGGUUUUGUCUUCACCUUCUUCUUCUUCACAACAACCAACAUGAGAAAGAAACUAGAUACUCGUUUCCCUGCUGGCCGUCAUGCUGUGUACUUCGGUGAGAGGGAGCUAUGAUCAAUGUUAUCAAUAGUGGAUUGCAGAAAAUAGCGGAAUGCCAAAAAUACGCAAUGUGAAAUAGCAGACAGUUUCGCGGGCAAUUGUGUCGGACAGAUGCCAGUUUUGUCCUUUUAAUAUUUUUUUUUACUAAUAGGGAGAAAUUUAUCUUUUCAACAUUCAUUUUUUUGGCAUCUGUUAGAAAUCUGUUCGGGAACAUGGUCUAAAGACUGAUUAGUUUAAAAAUGUACUUAUCCAACUAGGAAUUUGAUUGUGUCGAAAUGUGUAAAAUAUCAUACCAUUAUUGAAUUCUCACUUAUUGUAGUAAACCAAAUGACCGUUUAUCUUCUUGAUUUAGUUUUAGUCGUAUUAAUAGUGAUUGCAUAAUUGAUUAUUGACAGGCUAGGAUUAAGAAAAUUAUGCAAGCUGAUGAAGAUAUAGGGAAGAUUGCAUUGGCUGUGCCUCUUCUAGUUUCAAAAGCACUAGAGCUAUUUCUGCAAGAUUUGUGUGAUAGAACAUACGAGAUAACACUUGGGAGGGGAGCAAAGACCGUGAAUGCUUUUCAUUUAAAACAGUGCAUACAAACUUGUAAUGUCUUUGAUUUUCUGAAAGAUACUGUGAGCAAAGUUCCCGAUUUAGGCGGUUCUGCUGCAACUGGUGACGACCAAACUGUCACUAAGAGAAGGAAAGUUUCUGAAGAUGAUGAUGACGAUGACAGCGACGAGGAGAUCAAGAGAAGUAAAAUGCGAGAACCUGCGCAUACCAGUGGAAGGGGUAGGGGUAGAGGUAGGGGUCGUGGCCGUGGCCGUGGAAGUAAAACCGUAGAUCAAGAGAUCAAUUCACAUGUCAAGUUUGAAGAUGAUUGUGAAGCAUCGAAGCAAAAUGGUAACCACACUCAAAAUAAUGAAAGCCCGGAAAUUGUGCGAGAGUCCGAUGAAGUUAAAUUGAGUUCACCAGUCAGAGAACCUGAGGAAGUUAAACAUUGUUCACCGGUCAGAAAACCAGCUGAAGUGGUCGUUCGAAAUUUUGAUUUAAAUCUGAAUCCGGAUCCGGAUGACGACAUGGAUGUAAUAUCCACACCAACUCCUAUCCCAACUGGUUCAUCUUCAAAAUCAGUUUCAGAAGAGAAGAUGAAAUCAAUUUCAGAAGAGAAGAUUGAGGAAUACCCUGGAUGGUCCUUGUCUGAUAUGGAAAAAAUGGCUAUUGAUCCCUUACAACUAGCCAACUUAAGUAAAAGGAUUGAUGAAGAUAUAGAAGAUUAUGAUGAAGAAGUGUAGAUAAACUUGCUUUAGCAUGUUUAUAAUUUCUCAUAUAGGUUAAUCAUUAGAAAGUUCUGAUAGACAAUUAGAAUAGAUUUUUUAGGAGCUAACAAGUAGUGUUAGACAAAUCCUUAUUGGUUAGGAGGCAUUGAGUACUUUAGUCAGUACCUUCAUUUAGAGGCUCAGUGGAAAUAUUAUUCUAUUUAGAAAUAGUUGAAUUUUAAUUUUAGAAAUUAUAAUUUUAUGCAUGUAGGUGUUGCCUAUGGUAGGCAUUCUAUUCAAAAUUUAUGUGGUGCCUUCCUUAGGCAAUGCCUUACACAAAUAUUUUUUUA